GCGGCCUGGCUCCCCUCCGCUGGCGGGCGGUUGGAGGCCGCGGCGGCUGCGCGCUGAGCAGCUUCCUGCCAAACGGCCCGAGCUCGCCUGUCUCCUGCGGGAAGCGCGGAGAGCGGCCGGUCCUUCGCAUUGCGUGCUGCUCGCGGCCCUGGACUCCCCGCCACGCCACUUGCUGGGGAAGGAGCCGCCGCCGGGGCUGCGCCCUCGAGGGAAGGGAGCGGGAUCCGAGCCCCCGCGAGGCGGACCUCGUUUUACCACGCUCGGCUGUGUGGUGCCUCGCAGCUGUUGGGUUUUUACAGAUGGAAGGUUUGGGGCAACCCCGCGUGGGUGCCAGUGUUCCGACAGCAUGUGCUCCCUUCGUAUCUCUGUCAACAGUCCGGUGAUCCUCACAGCAUCUAAAACCUUUCCAUUAUUAUAUUUUUACGGUGAUCUGUGCCGAGUGAUGGCUGAUGGUACGAGCGUCACCGUCUGGGGGCAUCGCAGGCGGCACCCAUGUCACACGGCAGACUUAACCAACGUGUGUGUGGCGACAGUGUUGACACUGGGCCAGUUAAUCGCCCUACAACGGCCUCGAAGCGUUCAGGUGGAAGGAACAGUCGCACGUCCGAGGCUGGAAACCAGAAGCGAGCAGGGAUGAGCUUAGCGAGGACGGCGGGUCCGGAGCUGACGGCCCGAAAGCCUCGGCCUCCGGCGCCCAGCGGUCUGCCGAGUGGUGAACGCAAAGGAAGAGCUGUUGGAGGAAAUCAGCAGUGCUGUUCCGCGGACACGCGGGCAGUGAGGAAGCUCACCGGCCUGCUGCCGAUGCGGAAAGCGGCUGAGCGGUCUGCACAGAACAGCAAAGCCGCCGCAACAUCCCCUUCAGCCGAAGGCUAGUCCGGAGCAAGGCCCGACCUCUCUCGAGGCGGGGGCGGCCGCGCCAGGGGAGCACAGUCCGCCGCGGGCAGGGCUUGGUUUGUGGGGUGUCGGCCAAGAAGCCGUCUCCAUAAUACAGAAGCGACAGGUGAAGCAGCAGGUUGUGCGGAAGAUCUAGCUCGGAGAAUUCCUGAAGGCGGAAUCUUCCAUGUGGACGAAGCAGCCUUCUGCUGGGAGAGGGUGCACGCAGGGCUCCCGUGGCCGGAGAGAAGGCAGUGUCCGGCUCCCAAGCUUCAGAGGACAGGCUGCCUCUCUUGUUAGGGGCCAGUGCAGCUGGGGCUGGAAGCUGAAGCCGAUGCUCGCUGACCGUUCGGAAAAUCCCAGGGCCCUUCGGGAUGACGCCGAGUCUUCUCUGCCGUGCUCUCGCAAUGGCCGACAAAGCCUGGAUGACGUGGCACGUCUGUUCGCAGCAGGGUUUACCCAGCGUCUGAAGUCCGCCUUUGAGACCUGCUCAGAAAACAGAUCCCGCUCCCACACUGUUGCUCAUUGACAGUGCACCUUUGCAGUUCUUCUGCUUGUCUAAAGUUUUGGUGGUUUGGUUUUUUUGUUGUUUUUUUUUUUUAGUAAAAACUAAAAAUACUACAAAGGUUACCACUUGCAACUAUUUAUCUGUGUGGCUCAAGAUUUCUAAUAUGGUGUUAACAAAAUGAAAGCUGAAUUCCAUUUGAUGCUGAAACUGAUAAACUGCAACUCAGUUUCAUAAUGUAACUCGGGCAGAGUUAGUCUCAGGGUCAUAUUGGUUCCCAGUGUACAGUACAGUGAUUCCAAACUUCCGUACGUUCUUCAGUGCUCCUCAUGGUAGGAGUCCGUCGUGCCGAUCUGCGGCCUGGUUGCAGCUUACCUCUUCACUUCGCUUGAGAUCACAGCCAGGAUGCUGAAAAGGAUGACCAGGCUUGUCUCCGGGGCCCGGCAGUUGGACCCUGGACGUCUUUUGCACAGGGGGCCCCAGGCCCCACAAAGCCUUGCUGCUCACCCGGAUAACCAGGUUCCAGAUGGGAGCCCCAGAGCCGUUUCCUGCACCAGUGAGGGUGACCCGGCCAGGCACGGGGAGCAGCACGAGGCCCGGCACUACUGCAUCCCCCUCCAGGACCUCAGGACGACGUUCCCCCACGGCCUGCCCCCUCGCUUCGGCAUGCAGGUGAGGACGUUCAAUGAAGCUUGCCUGAUGGUGAGGAGGCCGGCCCUAGAGCUCCUCCGUUACCUGAAAAACACCAAUUUUGCUCACCCGGCUGUGCGGUAUGUUCUCUAUGGGGAGAAGGGGACAGGAAAAACCCUCAGUCUUUGCCAUGUUAUUCAUUUCUGUGCCAAACAGGACUGGCUGAUUCUGCACAUUCCAGAUGCUCAUCUUUGGGUGAAAAACUGCCGGGAUCUUCUGCAGUCUACCUACAACAAGCAGCGCUUUGAUCAGCCUAUGGAGGCUUCGAGCUGGCUGAAGAAUUUCAAAACUGUGAAUGAGCGUUUCUUGAGUCAGAUAAAAGUUCAGGAGAAGUACGUCUGGAAUAAGCGAGAGAGCACUGAGAAAGGCCGUCCUCUGGGAGAAGUGGUUGAACAGGGCCUGACACGCGUGAGGAAUGCCACAGAUGCCGUCGGGAUUGUUCUUAAAGAGCUCAAGAGUCAGAGUCGCCUGGGUGCGUUCCGACUCCUGGUGGCGGUGGAUGGAGUCAAUGCUCUCUGGGGAAGGACCACGCUGAAGAGAGAAGAUAAGAGCCCGGUGGCCCCCGAGGAGCUGGCGCUGGUGCACAGCCUGAGGAAGAUGGUGAGAAACGACUGGCACGGAGGCGCCAUCGUAUUGACACUGAGCCAGACUGGGUCCCUCUUCAAACCUCGGAAGGCCUACCUGCCCCAAGAGCUGCUGGGAAAGGAAGGAUUCGAUGCCUUGGAUCCCUUUAUUCCCAUCCUGGUCUCCAACUACAGCCCAAAGGAGUUUGAAAGUUGUAUUCAGUAUUACUUGGAGAACAGUUGGCUUCAACAUGAGAAAGCUCAUACAGAAGAAGGGAAGAAGGAGCUGCUGUUCCUGAGUAACGCAAACCCCGGGCAGCUGGAGCGGCUCUGCGCCUACCUUUAAGCCGCGGUCAUGGCCGCGUGGAAGACAACAGACAUUUCCUGUCCCGGACCCAGUCAGACAGAAGUCGCCAGGACAAGUCCGCUCCCAGCCUUUGGUGAAGAGUGACUGUAGUGGCCACGAGAUGUCCUCUUGUUCCUGAAACUAGUUUAUUAAGUGGGGUUUUCAUAUUUUAAGUAAUUAUGGCUCUUUCCCUUAAAUAAAUUAUCUUUCUUCAAGUGUUGUGUUAGAUUUAUACAACGGAAAGAGCCUUUGAUCGACCAGACUGAAUUUCCCUGGCAUUCUGCUUGCGAAGGGUCUGAAGAGACCAGAUUCUGCAGAAAUUUCCACUAGUACUGUUUUCCAGACUUGAUUCGGAUCAGAAGAUGGAGAUUCGCCCCUUAAUUUCUCCCUCCCGUGCCGGCUCCCAUGGCCGUCUCUGCAGGGGCCCCGACUCCGUGCGGACCGAGGGACAGAGGGAGCCCCCUCCUUUGUGCAGAUGUGUGUGCGAGCUUGGGAAGAUUUGAGAAAAUAGCGACUCCGAUCAACUUCCGCAGUGUUGAAUUCCCUGUCCUACCCCUGUUGUAGGGCUCGAGGCCGAGUCUGCGCCCCAGCUGCCUCUACCAGCCGUCUCAGUGCCCCGCAGCCCCCGUCCUGCUGGUAUCACCUGAUCAGAGGGUAAUGAGGCCAAACUCCAGGGCGCUUGUGAGCACUGAGUCCCACAGUGUGUGUGAAGUGCCUCACAUAUGGGCGGUACCCCUUCAGCGCUCAGUCGCUACCAUUUAGGACUUGAUUUUAUGGCGCUUUAUCUGAAAACUGGCCACGAGGGAGAUAGUCCAUGGACGUGCAUCAGGAUUUUCCCUGCAGAGCCGGCUUCCCCCACACCAAAGCCUCCUCGAAGGCCCCCUCUCAGAACCCGACCUUCACCCUGACCCAGUCCUCGGUCGGGUCAGGUCGGCUGGCCUGGGGUCCGGAUCCCCGCCCUACGGAGCCUGCUUCGCCAGCCCCUGGCCCCGGGAGGCUGGAGGCCUGAUCCGAACCCUGACACGCCCCCCCAUGGACAGUCGGGUCUUCAGCUUUACCUUCACAGGAGUCAGAGCCCUUCAUCCUCUCCAUCCUCCUGGACUGCUGUCACACCCAUCACCUGUUUGAGCUCCUACAUGCAUCUGCCAGUCUGCUCUCUACCCACACCCCUGCCUCCCCCCCUCCGCCCCCUGCACAGGGCCACCGACGUGAGCUGUGCUGCAGCUGGGUCCUUGGGCGGCUCCCUUAUUCCUACUGUUUUUGCUAUGUUCAAACCACAAAGAAACACGUAUCAUGGAAA